AUGGCGAAUGAAUAUGAGAAUGAAUAUUUUAACCAAAAGUUUUCUCGAAAUCCUAAGAUCAAACUACCGAAACUUAAAGGAGAGAAAAUCUUGAGGAAAAAUAAGAAAAUUCAUGAAAUUCAGGAUAAAUUUGAAAGUCACCUCAAAAGAGAAUGAAUUAACCUAUUUGAAAUUGAUAGGAAGUGAUUCAAACAAAUCUUAAACAAGCUCGGAUACUUAGUUAACCUGCCUCAGGCUAACGAGGGGUAUCUCAAGAUUAGAGAACAUGAAAUGCAGGGAGAUUUACCCACAGCUCUUGAGUCUUUAUCAAGAUGGAUUUAUGAUACCUGUGAAUGCCAGAAUCCCUAUAAGGAACACAAAAGGUCUAGCAUUAAAUCCUUUUCCAGAGUAAAUAGAAGCGUUGCUUCGAUUCCAAAAUCUCGAACAAGAAGAAUAUCUCAAGACUCAAUGAUGUAUUCAGAAAGUCAGUACAGCUACAGAAACGCAAGUAGAGUGCAAAAGGUCAGUACAGAACCUUCCUUGCCCGAUAUGAAGAGCCUCCGUUCAAAAUUAAACAAGCUGCUUCCAGACCCGAAGCACCCUUGGCGGGAUCCGCUCAAGAACACUCCUUUCAAAUGGUACGAACUAAUAGACGUAUCUUCAGGCUCUGAAGGAGAAGGAGACGAAGACGACAAGUGAGACUUCUUAAGAAAACUCACAAUAAACAGAAGAAAAAGAAGAGAAGAAACCGAAUGAAAGAUGCGUGAACUUAAAAUGACACCUGAAUACGGCAUGAAUGCAGCCAAGGGCAGGCUCAAGCUGAAAAAGAAAAGAGAGCAUGACCUCCUCUAUGAUGAAGGUGUUGAUAAAUUAACAUCCAGAUUAACUUCAGAGCUAGCAAAUAGUGUAGCAGCCUAUAAUCUCAAGAUCUUGCUCAAGAAAAAGUGGUUUGAAGAUAAGAAAAAUUAUAAAAUCAUGAGUAAAUUGUCUAGAAAGCAAGAGGAGAGACUCUCAAAGGUAAUACCAAAGCACAGGUUCUCAUAAUAAGUUAUUAAUCAACCUAAA